AUGGAGGGGAGGGAGGAGCGCCAGGACAACGCACGUGACAUGCGCAAUACCCUUGCCUCACAAACCGCAACAAACAACCUGGAAAGAGAAUGCACGCGGCCGUUCAUAAGAAACUGGCGAGUGGUAUCGAUUAUGAGACCUAAUUUGUUCAAGUUGCAGUUGCAGACUGUGGUCGAUCUUCUACACCAUCUGCGACCUGCAUCCGGUAAAGAGGGGAAGGAUGUAGUUGCCGAUAUCAAUGUUAUUGGUGCUGGAUCGGUGCUGGACCUACAGCUAGACCGUGUCGAGGCCGUCGAGUACCUUGCGCUAGAAGAUGGAUACGCUGGGUUGCUGUUUGAAAGGAUGUACCUGCGCGUCGUGGCAGUGAACGAGUUCUGGUCUGCACUUACAAGCUCGAGGAUCUAUUCGCUGUCUUCUACGAUGAGGCGAGUAAGACUUCCAGAAUCAGUACCCUUGGUAAUCCCAUCUUCGGCCGCUGUCGUGUAG